AACAAGCACUAAAUCUUGUUUUUUUUCAAGUUAGAGUUUAAUAAUUAUUAAGACUGUUUUACCAAGAAAUAUGUCAACAAACAAAGACAACAGGCCUGAUGGGAAAGAAAAAAUAAGAAAACAGUCAAAUCCUGAAGAGGCGGUUAUAGUUCAAAACAUCGACAUCAAAACUCCGAUAAAAGUUCUUAAAGAUGUCCUGAGUAGACGACUUCGUAAAUCUGAUCUAAGCAAGCACGAUAUUUAUCUUCAAGACUUUUAUCUCGACCCUGAUCUGAGCUUGUUUGAACAAGGUGUAAAGAUUCAUGGAUCUGUUGAACUUAGCAUACAAGUUCAAAGCAGCAGCACCAACCCAAAGCUUAUAAUUGUUGAGAUCGUUAAACCAAUGCAAGAUGUCAAACCUAUGAAACUGGCUACCUCUGAUAGGAAAAAGAGGAAAUUCAUCUUUCAAGAUAUACCUAAAGUGAGUCAACCAGAAAAAGUGGCUGAAUUGGAAAUCCCUGGAGAUCCAUUAUUGUGGAAUAAAACACAGGUAUACCAGUGGAUGGUGUGGGUCGCCAAAGAGUUUAAUUUGGACACAAGCAUUAUCAUGGACCCUGAUUUAGAUGGUAUAGAACUUAACCGCAUGUCACAGACUGAAUUUGUUUCAACCUUUGCUUAUGGGAAUGUUCUCUGGUCACACCAUGCACUGUUAAAGAAAUUGGCUGAAUCUGCUGUGAAAAUUCAAGAAGGUAAAACCCAGUCUGAUGCCGAGUUGUCAGUCAUCUCUUCUUCACCAUCUGUUGCUUCAACUUACUACAAGCAGAAAGAACCGAGAAGGGAUUACUCUGUUUUUGCCAAAAAUCAUUCAGUAACAAAGACGACUUCAAAUGGACAGACACAGUUGUGGCAAUUUCUCCUUGAGUUACUAACAGAUGCAGACAGCACAGACUGUAUUAUGUGGGUUGGUGAUACAGGCGAGUUUAAACUGUUAGCACCAGAGAUUGUUGCACAGAAAUGGGGUUUAAGAAAAAACAAACCAUCUAUGAAUUACGAGAAACUUUCUAGAGCUCUGCGUUACUAUUAUGAUGGGGAUAUGAUAUCAAAGGUACCAGGGAAACGGUUUGUGUACAAAUUUGUCUGCAACCUUAAGGAACUUGUGGGUUAUAAUGCUUCUGAAUUGAACAAGUUAGUGACUGAGUGUGUGCAGCGCCGACAGUCUGAAGCUGCACGCAAUGUAGAUGAAUACCUACGAGAUCCAGAUGGUGAAGUAACGCUUCUACUUGGUCCCACCACAUGAUAAGGGGAGACUCAAGUUACAUACUGGGUGAUCUGAAGUUUACAAAGUUACUUAGAUACAAACCUGGAGAAAGUGGUGCUAAAAACCAACUUUAUCAUGUUGAACACUGUUGACUGUUCUGUUAUUAACAAUUGUGGGCAAGUAUGUUUGCAAAUUAUGAUUAAAUCAUGUGAAUGGUUUCAUGCAAUGAGCCAAGGGAUCUAUUAUUCUAUCACAUCAUUUCAUUGCGUCGCUAUGUUAUAUUUUUAAAUAUUAAGACUUUUACAUGUUUUCAUAUGCUGUUGUUUCAUUUUUACAUUAACGAUUAACAUUUUCUUUGUUUUUACACUAUCUAUCUUUGUUUUUGUUACAAAUAUAAAACUUUUGCUUUUUGGGGGGUUAUGCGGCGCCUCUUUGUCAAGCGCCGUAGCACAGUUAUGCGGCGCCUGUAACCCAGAGGUAAUGGGUUCAUGGCUUGCUGUUGCUACCAUUGUGGGCGUAUGUGUCCUUGGGCAAUACACUUAACGGCAAUUGCUCCAACCCAGUGUUCACUCGUGAUUUGUCCAAAUUAUCAGCCAUACUUGAAAAAUUCCAAAAAAAUAAAAUUACACACGAAGUAAAA